AUGGAUUACACUUCAAAUUCAUCUUUUUCCUUCUUCAGCUCACCUGAGACUUUAGAGGAAGUCCUCUCCUGUCUUUUGUUAGAACAUGAGCCACAGUACAACAACGUCCUCAUGCCCAGCAUCUUUGGCGUCAUCUGUUUCUUCGGCAUCUUUGGAAACUCCAUCGUCAUCUACACCAUCGUGAAGAAAACAAAGUUCUGCUCUCAGCAAACCGUCCCCGACAUAUUCAUCUUCAGUCUCUCCGUGGCAGACCUCCUCUUCCUCCUCGGCAUGCCUUUCCUCAUCCACCAGCUGGUGGGGAACGGCUCCUGGUGCUUCGGGGCCACCAUGUGCACCGUCAUCACCGCGCUCGACUCCAACAGCCAGAUCGUCAGCACCUACAUCCUGACCGUGAUGACUCUGGAUCGGUAUCUGGCCACGGUGCAUCCCAUCCGCUUCAAGCAUGUGCGGACGCCCUGUGUGGCGGGGGCGGCCGUCGCUCUGGUGUGGGUCUUCUCUCUGGUGUCCAUCACUCCGGUGUGGAUGUACACGGGACUCAUGCGCCUGAAGGACGGCUCGGUCGGCUGCGCCCUCCUGCUGCCGAACCCGGCCACCGACACAUACUGGUUCACGCUCUACCAGUUCUUCCUCGCCUUCGCUCUCCCCUGGGUGAUCAUCUGCGGGGUCUUCUUUAAGAUCCUCCAAAACAUGUCUGCUACAGUCGCUCCUCUUCCUCCGCGCAGCCUGAGGGUGAGGACGAGGAAGGUGACCCGCAUGGCAGUGGUCAUAUGUCUGGCCUUCUUCACCUGCUGGGCCCCGUACUACAUCCUCCAACUGGCCCACCUGGGAGUCCAGAGACCCACCUUUGCUUUCGUGUACGCCUAUAACAUCGCCAUCAGCUUAGGGUACGCCAACAGCUGCAUCAACCCGUUUAUUUACAUCGUGCUGAGCGAAACCUUCAAAAGGAAGUUCAUCGUGGCGAUCCGGCCGAGUCACAGGGGUUUCAGAGUCGCCCCCGCUUUGGCCGACGGCAGCAUGACCUUAAGGAUGGCACCAGACAGCGCCCACCCGUCACACUCCCACUCCUCGAGGGAGCUGCUGCAGAACAUGCUGCCUGUCACCGUGGCUGUGCACUGAGACGGACACGCCACUCGCUGAUCUGUGACCACCGCCGCCAGCCAGCCACAGAUCACCACCUGCUGCUGCUCCUGCAUGAUGAACACAUGAACACACUACGAGCAUCGUUCAGAAUAUGAAUGUGACUCUAAUGCACCGAAAAGAGAUUCAAAUACUCAGUAAU